ACUGGACCCGAGUGUAAGAUUAUCCGAACUGAACUGAAAGAUAACGCAAAAACAAACUGUCAAGCAAGCAAGACGAGAAGUUGGGUCUGCUGUGUGUAUGUGAAGUGAGUGCGUGUGUUGGUGUUUUGUUUCGUUGAGGUUUGUUUGUUCCGUGUUAAAGUUUAUUCGUUUGGUUUAAUGUUUUCAAAGUUGUUCUCUGACCUGUUAAUAUUCGUCCAUUAAACAUUGGUAUUAGACGAUGACAAAGAAGAAAGUAUGCUACAGCUGACAUUUGCUGGAAGUUAAAGUGGGCCAUACAAACUGAUGUUUGAAAUCGUGAUGAAGUCGCCUUAUUCUAUGCUAGCCAAUAUACCGCCCUUCUACAUCAGACUAUGUUUUGGAUCUCUAAUUCUUUCACUAUUUUGUUUACAUCUGAGCCAAGGUGCCGACCUGGUUAUACGUAUACCAGGUAACCUCAGUCAAGAUAACAGCUCCUACCGUCUGGACUACUCUCCGCCCCAUGGUGUCCCUCCGCCCAACACCACCAUACCCUCGCGGGACAUCGGGGACGUCAUACAGUUCAGCAAGGGUCUGCCUGGCACCAAGUACGAGUUCUGGCUCUACUAUUCCAACAGCUCAUUGCAUGAUUGGCUCACUUGGACUGCCUCCAUUACAACAGCACCUGAUCCUGCUGCCAACCUCUCCAUCACUGUGAGAGGAGGAAAGUCAGCCAUCGUAUCAUGGAACCCUCCUGCCCUAGGACACUACUCAGGGUUCAAGAUGAAGGUGGUCAGUUUCCUGGACAAGCCACCGCCCCCGCCCAGGCUGAUCAACCUGACGGAGACGGCCAGUCCGUACACUCUUCGAGACCUCACGCCUGGCGGUUCCUACCAAAUACAGCUCUACACUGUGUAUGACAACAAGGAGAGCGUGGCCUACAUAUCUCGCAACUUCACCACAAAACCCAACACUCCUGGAAAGUUCAUCGUGUGGUUCCGUAAUGAGACGACGUUGCUGGUGUUGUGGCAGCCGUCGUACCCGGCCAGUAUCUACACGCAUUACAAAGUGUCCAUAGAUCCUCCAGACGCUCAGGAGAGUGUACUGUAUGUGGAGAAGGAGGGAGAACCACCGGGCCCUGCACAAGCGGCCUUCAAGAACCUCAUACCAGGACGGGCGUACAACAUCUCAGUGCAGACAGUCAGUGAGGACGAGACGUCCACCCCCACCACUGCCCAGUACCGUACCAUCCCUUUGCGGCCGUUGUCUCUGGUCUGUGAAAAGAGCUCCAUCACAACUCACAGCUUCAAGGUCCACUGGGAACCUCCUAAUGGCACCAGUGAGUUUGACAAGUACCAAGUGGUGAUCAACGUACGCAGACAAGGUACGAUGGCUCCCAUCAUGCGCAACAGAGACGAGCCUACAGAGUGGGAGUUCAAGGAGAACCUGGAGCCUGGCCGUACUUACCAUGUGUUGAUCAAAACAGUCAGUGGCAAGGUGACCAGUUGGCCUGCAGCAGUCAAUGUUACUGUCAAGCCGCUACCAGUUGUGAAUCUGAAGGCAGUGGUGAACGACCUGACAGGAGCUGUUGCAUUAUCUUGGCAACCGGACAAUUCCAGUUUCCAGGAAGAAUACAAGGUGGGUUACUCGGAAGUGGAGAUCCUCAAUGGAGACAGCAACUCCGUGAUCACAACCAACACACAGUACACACUGGACACUCUACUGCCUGGCCGUAACUACUCCAUCACCGUGCAAGCCGUCAGCAACAACAUGGACAGCAACGAGACCGUCGUAUACCAGGCCACACGACCUUCGUCACCUAUAAUUGAGGAUCUGCGGCCAGUGGAGUUUGGUCUGAACAUAUCUUGGAAGUCGGACGUCAACUCUAGGCAAGAGAAGUUUGAAGUUGUCAUACAGAGGAAUGAUACAGGCUUGCUGAUUCUGGGAGGAAAGCAUCCUAUUAGCUACUAUAAGGACUACGAAGGUGCACACUUGGGCUAUCUGUUUGUAAAUAAUAUUGAAGAGGAGUUGAACUUUACAAGAGGCAGUGGAGUUAUUCAGAGGGUGACUACAGAGUACAAGCUGAACCAAGAUGGACUGUUCCCAGGCUCAGGAUAUCAACUGCAGGUGUUUGCUAUCAGCCACAACUUGCUCAGUGAGCCUCACGACUACUUCCAGGCUGUCUAUCCACUGCCACCAAAGAAUCUGACAAUUGAAAAGAAGACCAGCAACUCUGUUAUUGUGAAGUGGAAAGGUCCAGUGGGCUCGGUCUUCUCUAAUUUUGUAAUAAAACACACGACCACAGGACUGGAGUGGAAGAAAGAAUUGGUGAAUGCGACGGACAAUGAGGUGGACCUGUACGACAUGACGGCAGGAGAGAGAUACACCAUACAAGUGAACACCGUCAGUUACGGGGUGGAGAGUAAACAUCCCCUACAGGCCAACCAUACUGUCCAUCCCAAACCCGUGUCGGACAUUGCACCUCUCGUGGGCUCGUCUAACCUGACCAUGGAGUUCCCUCGACCUGAGGGCCGCAUCGAGCGCUACGAAAUCAGCUGGUCCGAGGUCACUGACGCUGGCGAAGUACUUCCGCCUAGACACAAAAACAUGUCUGGUCUACAGUACAAGGAUGAUGAGAGAGUCAGGGCUGUGGUGGAGGAGCUGAUGCCAGGAGUCAUGUACAACUUUGAGAUUCACACUGUGUCGUACGACCUGCAUAGUGAUAUCACGUCUCUCUCUGUCCGCACAUUGCCGCUGAUCCUGUCGGAGGUUCUGGUGGUGAACAACCAACAAGCCACAGACUCCGUGACUCUACGAUACACUCCCACGCCUCAGUCAUCCUCUCACUUCGACCUCUACCGCUUCUCUCUGUCCGACCCCAGCAUCCCUGUCAAGGAGAAGCCAGCCAACGACUCAGAACCCAAGGUGAUAUUCAACAACCUGGUGCCUGGAAGGCUGUACAACAUCACGAUGUGGACAGUGUCAAACGAUGUUGCCAGUCAGCCGUUGCAGCGGCAGGACAGACUGUACCCGGAGCCUAUCUUAGCUAUCAACGCCACCGAGACAACAGACACAACCAUCACUCUCACCUGGGACACUCCACGAGGAGAGUACAACGCCUUUGAGGUCCAGUACCUGAACACAGAAGGUCGACUCCUGCAGAACCUGACUGUACAGAACGUGAUCACCAUCUCUGACUUGAAGCCUCAUCGGAACUAUACGUUCACCGUGGUGGUCAGAUCUGGCACUGAGUCAUCCAUACUGCGCAGCUCUCUGCCCGUGUCUGCGAUAUUCACCACCGAGGAGUCCUUCCCUGGCAAGGUGGAGAAAUUCCAGCCAAUUGACAUCCAGCCGGGUGAUAUCCUGUUUGAAUGGUCACUACCUAACACGGAACAGAACGGUGUGAUUCGCAAGUUCACCAUUACUUAUGGAUUGGAGGGUUCAACACAUACACAACACAAAGACUUCAAACCAUGGGAGUUCAGAGGAUCUAUCAAGGGAUUGAUUCCCGGAAAAACUUAUAUUUUCCGCAUCCAAGCAGAGACCAGAGUCGGAUACGGCCCUGAAGCUAUCUGGAAAGAGAAGAUGCCAAUACUGGCUCCUCCUAAACCGAGCAGUCAAGUUGUACCGACUGAAGUUUGCCGUUCCUCCACGACCAUUCAGAUACGUUUCCGCAAAAACUACUUUUCCGAUGUUAACGGUGGUGUGAUCGCGUACACUGUUGUUGUUGCUGAGGAUGACACCAAGAACGCCUCAGGCCUAGAGAUGCCCAGCUGGAGAGAUGUUCAGGCGUACAGUGUUUGGCCUCCUUACCAGGUCAUGGAACCAUACAACCCGUUCAAGAACUCUUCAGUGGAGGACUUGACGAUCGGAGAAGAGAAUUGCGAAGGCAUCCCAGCCGGCUACUGCAACGGCCCACUCAAACCUGGGACUACAUACAGAGUCAAGAUCAGAGCCUUCACUACACCGGACAAGUUCACGGAUACCUACUACUCCUUCCCGAUAACUACAGACACGGACAACACGGCGUUGUUGGUCGGACUGAGUAUCCCGUCGUUGUUGCUGUUUGUGCUGUUUAUGACUGUCGUGCUGCUGAGACGGCGCAAGAACAUAGCGCGCCGAGCCACCGAGAACAGAGCGAGCGACAACAUGUCUCUUCCUGACAGUAUUAUGGAGACAAGUAGGCCGGUGAAGCUGGAAAAUUUUGCCGACCAUUAUCGAAUGAUGUCUGCGGAUUCGGACUUCCGGUUCUCAGAAGAGUUUGAGGAGUUGAAGCAUGUCGGAAGAGAUCAACCCUGUACUGCUGCGGACUUACCUUGUAACCGACCAAAGAACCGGUUCACCAACAUUCUGCCCUACGACCACUCGAGAUUCAAACUGCAACCAGUUGACGAUGAGGAGGGAUCCGACUACAUUAAUGCAAACUACGUUCCGGGCUUCAACUCCCCCAGGGAGUUUAUAGUAACUCAGGGACCGUUGCACUCGACGCGAGACGACUUCUGGCGCAUGUGCUGGGAGAGCAACUCACGAGCCAUUAUAAUGCUGACUCGCUGCAUCGAGAAGGGCCGAGAGAAGUGUGACCACUAUUGGCCGUAUGACACGAUGCGGACGUUCUACGGGGACAUUUCUGUAACAAUACUCAACGACAGCCACUACCCCGACUGGAGCAUCACGGAAAUGGUUAUGUGCAGGGGAGACCAGUCUCGUGUGAUCAGACACUUCCAUUUCACGACGUGGCCAGACUUUGGUGUUCCCAACCCUCCUCAGACUCUGGUACGGUUCGUCCGAGCCUUCAGAGAAAAAGUACCACACGACCAGCGGCCCAUUGUGGUUCACUGCAGCGCCGGUGUUGGGAGGUCGGGCACACUGAUCGCUCUGGACCGUCUGCUCCAGCUGAUCAACAAAACAGAAGUGGUGGACAUCUUCGGCAUCGUGUGGCAGAUGAGGAAGGAGAGAGUGUGGAUGGUACAGACGGAACAGCAGUACAUCUGCAUUCACCAGUGUCUUCUGGCCGUACUGGAGGGGAACGAAGGCAACGGCAACACUCGCGAGAUACAUCACAACCAGGGGUUUGAAGAUGAUGAAGGGAUUGCAGAGUCCGGGAUGUGACCACUGAGACAAUAACUGGUGUGUCCAGUACAACACUAUGUGCCUUACGACAAGUCUUCAUGUGUCAAAUGUUAAUUGUUGUAUUUAGCUAGCUUUAUACCUCCAGAGUUGCAUUUCAUAUCAUUGUUGAAGAGCUGGUUAUGUUUAUCAACUGUUGACGUUAAUGUUGGUAGCCUAAAACUAUAUUUGGUGUUGAAAAAUGUUGUUGCUAAGAUUACUAAAAUUUGUUGAGAGUUUAAUUCGGGUAAAAUAACUGAGCCGAUUGAGUUUUUUACCUUUACAAGCAGUAUUUUUUAUACUCAGUAUUUGAUGUAAACAAAUAAGGGUUUGAUAACGAGCUUUUGUACUUUUCUAUUUCUGUGUAUUCAUUGUAGAAAUCGUUACCAAUUUUAGCACAAGUAAAGUUAGUAAAAAUUAGUUAAAAUUAACUUAAGUAGCCUAGUUGUUAAUGAAGACGAGUCCUCGUUUGAAAUUUUACCAAGAUAAUUUGUUUAAUUGGUUGUACAUACAAUUGCCUCCUGGUAAUAUCGCCUUUCAAUAUUUGUAGCCAUCUUGGUUAUCUAAAAGAAAAUUUCCAUCCCCGUUCACAACUUGGUGCAAUCUCUUAAUAGAAACUCGCCCUGUUCUGUUUAGUUGUUUUAAGUCUGUAUUCUACCUUGCAAAACAUUACUUUCCUUAUGAUACAAUUCCUAUAAGUUAACCUUGGACUGUUCUUUGUUUCUGAUGGACUUCAGACGUUUUUACUGUUGUUUCUGAAGAAGAAAAUUCAAGUGCCUUAAGCAUGCUGCUGUUGACUGGUUUUCAAUUUGAAGACCAACUGUUUUUGUUGAGAUGAAAACUUGGUCAUACUUUCAUAUCAUCGCAAGUAUUUUCACAUGGUGAAGGUCUAGCUCCGUCCAUUGUUUUCACUAAAUGAUCUAAUUGAAAUACAUUUUUUACCUGAUCAGAGUGUCAUAUUAGUUUCUCAACUUUUGGUCAUACCCGUUAAAACCAUUAAACUACCAGAAAUAUACUUUGUUGAUUGUAAAAGACAUUUGAGCGAACUGUAACAUGACCACGUUAUGACAUACCUAUUGACUUGAAUCUAUAUUUGAAUCUCAUAAUUUUAUUGUUUGUUUUCACUUAUUUUGUAAGCCAUCAUUCUUUCCUUCCUGAGCUUGACUGUAGAUUUUAGACAGUAACAAUUUGGUUGUCAGUUGUAAUAUAUUAUAAUGUAUUUUUAAUAGUUAGUCGUUAAUUUAGGUAGACUAAUUGUCUGAUAUUAACUCUGUGAUAUUCAGUUGAGACGGAUUGGAAUCUAUUAGUAUGUGCUAGAAAUAAAUCACAGAAAUUAUGAGAAA